CUGCGCGCGGGGGGCUGGCUCCCCGGCCCUGGGAGGAGGAGGCGGCGGCGGAGGUACCUCGGGCGGGAGGAGGAGCCGCCGCUGCUGCCGCCGAGGGCUUCUCUCUCCGCCGCCGCGCUGCCGGGAGGGGUGGCCGCGCCGCUCCCCCCCGCCCCGCGAUGCCGCUCUUCGCCACCAACCCCUUCGACCAGGAUGUGGAGAAAGCAACCAGUGAGAUGAACACUGCAGAGGACUGGGGCCUCAUCUUAGACAUCUGCGAUAAAGUUGGACAGUCACGCACAGGGCCUAAGGACUGUCUCCGUUCUAUUAUGAAGAGAGUGAACCAUAAAGAUCCCCAUGUUGCUAUGCAAGCAUUAACACUUCUAGGAGCUUGUGUAUCAAACUGCGGUAAAAUCUUUCAUUUAGAAGUCUGUUCAAGAGAUUUUGCCAGUGAAGUAAGCAAUGUGUUGAAUAAGGGUCAUCCAAAAGUUUGUGAAAAGCUGAAAGCCCUUAUGGUGGAAUGGACUGAUGAAUUCAAGAAUGACCCACAGCUUAGUUUAAUAUCUGCUAUGAUAAAAAAUCUUAAAGAGCAAGGAGUUACUUUCCCAGCUAUUGGUUCACAGGCUGCUGAACAGGCAAAAGCAAGUCCAGCUCUAGUUGCCAAAGAUCCUGGUACAGUAGCCAACAAAAAGGAAGAAGAGGAUUUAGCUAAAGCUAUUGAACUGUCACUGAAAGAGCAAAGGCAACAGCAAGCAACACUUUCCUCUUUGUAUCCGAGCACCUCAAGCCUUUUAACAAAUCACAAACACGAGGGCCGAAAGGUUCGUGCAAUCUAUGAUUUUGAGGCUGCUGAAGACAACGAAUUAACUUUUAAAGCUGGAGAACUUAUAACUAUCCUUGAUGACAGUGAUCCAAAUUGGUGGAAAGGUGAAACUCAUCAGGGUAUAGGAUUGUUUCCAUCUAAUUUUGUAACAGCUGAUCUUUCUGCUGAGCCAGAAAUGAUGAAAGCUGAGAAGAAAACAGUGCAGUUCAGUGAUGAAGUUCAAGUAGAGACUAUAGAACCUGAGCCAGAACCAGUUUAUAUUGAUGAAGACAAAAUGGACCAACUCUUGCAGAUGUUACAAAGUGCGGAUCCAUCUGAUGACCAGCCAGACCUCCCAGAAUUGCUUCACCUUGAGGCAAUGUGCCACCAGAUGGGACCUCUCAUAGAUGAAAAGCUGGAAGAUAUAGACAGGAAACAUUCAGAACUUUCAGAGCUCAAUGUUAAAGCAAUGGAGGCUCUUUCUUUGUAUAACAAAUUGAUGAAUGAAGACCCAAUGUAUUCCAUGUAUGCAAAACUACAAAACCAACAGUAUUACAUGCAGUCAUCUGGUGUUUCUGGCUCUCAGGUUUAUCCGGGGCAACCUCAAAGCAAUGCAUAUUUGGUGGCAGGGAGUGCACAGAUGGGCCAUAUUCAAGGCUACAACCUUCCUCCUGAGCAGCUCUCUUCUCUUAGCCAAGGCACAGUUACUCCAUCUGCCAGCUCAGUACUGCCUGGUCAGCCUGCACAGGCAUCCUACACAAAUGCAAUGGUUGGCUCUGUUGCUGGAAAUACUUACUCUAACCAGGCUUCAGUGUAUAGUCCACCACCUGCUACUGUUGAUGUUGCUGCUUAUCAGAACACUGGAACUAAUAUGUCCCAGGUGCCAAACUAUAACUUACCAUCCACACCUCUGCCACAGACAACAGGCAGUCAACAAGCACCUCCACAACAACCACAGCCUCAGCCACCUCAGCAACCACAGCAUAGUUACUCACAGAAAGCUCUGCUAUAGGAUCCAGGACUUCUGAUUCCUAAUCUUCUUUAACCUCUGCUAAAGGCAGUUGGCAAUUCUAUGAGUUUCUUCCUUUAAUCUAUUAAACUUUGUUUAUCCUCAGCUUAAUAAGAAUCUAUCUUGGUGAACAAGUUCAAUUUGCACUGACUUUUUAGGAUUUUUGGUUUUUUCUUAAUUUUGCAGAGGAACGGAUAUAUUUAGGACAUUUAAUUCCUUUUAAAAUGCCUAAAAAUUGGUACAAGAUUAUUUAUGUCUGGUAAAAUUGGCUACUCUGUGAAAACUCAACACUUGCACACUGUUGUGGCAUAUAUGUUAUGUACAUAUAGUGUGUGAUUGCAAUAGUGGCCAUGUCGUAUAGCUAUCGUGAUCAUGUGAAUAUAUUUAACACAAUGUUUAAAAAUAAUUUACUUUACUAUUUUAUUUUAAUCAUGAACUGACAACCAUGUUUCAUAGUUUUGUCUAGUUUUAUGACAUAUGUGAUAUCUUUUUCCAAUGCAGGAAAAGCAGUAAUUCUGCAUAUCAUGGUUACACUUACAAGCUAAGGUCUAUAUAUGAAUUUACAAACGUAUCUGAGUCUAGGUUUCAUUACUUCGUGAACUGAACACAAGAGUAUCAUGACUAUUAGAUGGCUUGUCUACCAAAGUAAACUAAUUAACUAAUAAGUGAUUUGGGGGGAUAACAGCAAAUUAUGAUUCUGCUUCAGAUAUAAUUAAUAACUUAAAACUACUAUUCAGAGGCUGCUAAACAUAUCCUGGGACCAUGCAACAGAUCAGGAUCUUGCAUUUUAUCAUGAGAAGCAUGUAAUUUAUUUUUUCAAGUUGUUUUUUACAGUGAGAACCAGAACUAUAUUCUGUGUUUGUUGGUAGAGAUUACACCAAAGACAGAGAAGUUGAGCUGGAAGAGAAGCGUUGGAGUUUUAAACUGGAACACACAACAUGAGUAACACUAUUCAAGUUUUCUUAAUUAGAACAUGGAGAAUUAUGGACAUUUAAAUCACUUUGCUGAACAAACCUUCAGGGCUUUAUUUUAUCUCUUGUGGCCUUGCUUAGCAAUUUGUUCUGUUUACUGUUCUUACACAAACACUUCUGUCUUAAACAUCUGCUUCAAUUUCCAGUUGUACCAUUUGAGUUUAUUAGCCCUUCUAUACUGUGAAUAGUUUAUGAGGCAUCUUAUUUUCAUUCACUUUCUGGUUACUUUGAACUCUCUUCUGCAGCAAUGUGCAUAAGCCUUUUUUUAAACCCUUGCAUUUCUCAGUAAUUUAGCCAGGUGGCUCUUCAAGGCAUGCUAUUUUCUUUCUGUAGCUGAGGUGCUGCAAAAAAACCAUGGUAACAGAAGAAGGUAUUUUCAAUAUGCUUGAUCAGAGUUUCUUGUACAAAGACUAUUGUUACUUUGCAUUUGUAUUCAGUCUAUUAAUACAUCCUGCUUUCCUCUUGUCUUUUCCAGCAACUCUAACUCCACUUAGAGCAACAUAGUUGGCUUCACCAUAAGAUCUGUGUUUUCAGUCUUGUUAGUACGUAUGUCAGAAAUUGUUCGCUUUUCUGUACUCUAUUUUAGUGUGAUGCUUCUGGACUUCAGUGUUGCAAUUGUACAUUAUAUUGUAAGCUGACCUCAGUUAUCCCAUACACUCCUGCAUCUACUCACAGUUACCUGACAUGCGUUUGUUUCAGUAUUUUAAUAGACACUGGUAUUUUGCCCAUUAAUGCUUUCAAAUGACUGCUUUGCAUAACUUCUAAGCAGGGUGGCUACAAAACAUGCCCAGAGCUGAUGUGUUCCGGUUGGGGAUGUUCUAGCCAGCUGGCUGGUUUGGUACUAGUAUUUUCAUGUAUUUUUUUUUUUUCCUCCAGAAUUCUUAAGCACCCUCACAAACUGUCAUUACUUCAGUGCUUGGUGCCAUCACAAAAGUCUGUGGAAUUUGAAAGGAAAUACUAAACAAAAAAUAAAAUAAUAAAUUCCAAGAUAUUGGGUCAUAGGUAAUUUAUAAAAAAAUUGAAGGGGUGAUUUUCUUUAGAAAGAGCAUGUAGUAUCACUUAGAUAGUGUUCUCUGUAUGCUUUAGGUACCUUAUUGCGAAAACAGAGAAACAAUGUGUAUAGAAGUGAGAACUUUACACAAAAGGGAAAAUAACUGUUUAAUCCAUAGUUCUUAGACCCUGAUUCAAGUAGAAGAUUGAAGCACCAAAAUCAUCCAGCUGGCAUUGGCUGUUUGCAGUCUUAGGUUUUCACAUGUUGUGUCACAUGUUCCCUAAUAAAGGCCUAUGGAACUUCAGUGCAGAAAUGACUCGGCAGAAAUACUUUUUGUUACUAAUUUGUCUUUGUUUUUUAAAUUUUGGAAGUCUUCUUUCCUUAACACACAGGAAUGCUUGUUCCUGGUUCCUCCUUUGAAUGCUGAAAACUUACGUGUAUCUUAAGUUUUUCUGCUUUUCCAACUUGCUUAUUUUGGACAUUUAUCCAUCUUUAAGAAAAUUAAAAUUACCUUUCAUUUGUGUUCAUCAUGACCAAAUAACACUUUCUAACAUGCAAUGCCACUAUAAAUUCAGUAUAAUGAAAGUUGGGGGGGGGGGGGGGGAGGGGAGAUGGACACUUUUUAUAUUCCUUCCUGCCUUUAUUAGUCAUAGAAUCCCAGAAUGGUUUGGGUUGGACAGGACCUUAAAGAUUAUCUAGUCCAACCCCCUGCCAUGGGCAGGGACACCUUCCACUAGAGCAGGUUGCUCAAAGCCCCAUCCAACCUGACCUCGAACUCUGCCAGGGAUGGGGCAGCCACAGCUUCUCUGGGCAACCUGUGCCAGUGUGUCACCACCCUCACAGUAAAGAAUUUUUUCCUAGUAUCUAACCUAAAUCUCCCCUCUUUUAGUUUAAAGCCAUUCCCCCUUAUCCUGUCACUACAUGCCCUUGUAAACAGUCCCUCUCCAGACUUCUUGUAGGCCCCUUUAGGCACUGGAAGCUGCUCUAAGGUCUCCCUGGAGCCUUCUCUUCUCCAGGCUGAACAACCCUAACUCACUGCUCUAAAGUAGCUCCUGUAACAAAUUAUGAAUUUUAAUUGACUUAGAAUCAGUUUUCAUUGUCCACAAUUGGUGCAGUAGAUCCCUAGAAUUUUAGGUUCAGUGUCUUUGUGUUUCUGUUGCAUCCCAUAUUUUCCAUUUUAGAUGCAAUUUUCAGAUUAAAUUCAAUUUGGAGCUGUAUUACUUCAUGUUGAUUUUUCUCAUUUAUCACAAGAUUAUUUUGUAUUCUCACUUCUUUGUGUCCCAUAUGCUAGAUACUCUGAACUGAUGCCUCCUCCUACCUUGCUAGAUGCUGUCAUUGCACUAAUUCCUUCACUCAUCCUCUUGUAUCCUCUGUAAUUAUUUAGCAAUUAUAUUUCAGUUCACCUCCUCUCUGCUGGUUUGGUAUCAUGAACCUGGCGAUGUCAUUACUGGUGCUUCUCUGUCGUGAUUUAUUCUGAGAUUCGUCAUUUAUGCAUUGUUUUGACCAAGUUCACAAAUGUUCUGUCUUACUAUAGUAUUGAACACUGAAAUAUGGGUGAGUGCGAAAGUACAUGUUCAGCUACUGUAUGGAAAAGCUUUUCAGCAAAUGAAGUGCCAGAAAGUUAAUCUGUUUGAAAGUUAAGAAUUCCUGGAAAUGAUAUGUUAUUCGUGUUCCAAUAGAAGACAUAAUUAUUGAAUGUCUUGUUUCUUGUAAACUUGUCAAUGAAAGGCUAAAAUGUUUUCAUAAUAUUUUGUAUAACUCUUUGUUGUUUAACACUUUCAUUAAGGCAUAUGAAAAUGUUCAUUAACUUCAGAAAGGGGUAUUUUGGUGGCUUGGUUAUCAUGAACUGAAGCAAAUACUGGAAAGUGCCUUCUGUGCAUUUCACUUCUAUAAACAAAGCUUGUUUA